UUUUGAAUACAAACUGAAAAGGAAACACAAACCAUCAAAAAGAAAAAACGAUUGGUGAUAUCACGAAAACCAACACACUGUGCAUCAAUCAGAAAGAUCUCAACCACAACAUAUAAACAUCAACGAAACAGCAAUAUAAACAUCAAAGGAGAAUGGAUGAUUUCCCCUCCAAAAACUGGUAGUCAAACCUCUGAUUGUACCUUCAAAAACGGAUGGUAUAGGAGGCCUCAACCUACCAACCCUAUUAAGAAGAAGAAGAAGGAGUGUAAAAAAUCGCCGUAUCAACAACUCAGCAGUGGGAAAUUCUGUAUCGCAAAGCAGUUUAAGCAAAUAGUAAUGGAAGCACUGUACAGCUUACCCUUCUUUCUAUUUGAGGUGCCGAACCUGAAGCUUAAGCGGCCAUCAUGGCUCCAUCAGCCAUCCGCGAUGACGGUCUUCUCGUUCGUGCUGCUCUCCUACUUCCUCGUCACCGGAGGCAUUAUUUACGACGUGAUCGUUGAGCCACCGAGCGUCGGUUCGACGACGGACGAGCAUGGACAUUCGCGGCCGGUCGCGUUCAUGCCGUACCGGGUGAACGGCCAGUACAUCAUGGAGGGGCUUGCCAGCAGCUUCCUGUUCACGAUCGGAGGACUCGGCUUCAUCAUCAUGGACCAGACGCACACGCCGGGCAAACCGAAGCUGAACAAAAUUCUGCUCAUAGCCAUGGGCUUCAUCUUCAUCGUCGUGUCGUUCAUUACGACGUGGAUUUUCAUGCGAAUGAAGCUUCCGGGCUAUCUGCAGCCGUAAGGGGGCAAGCCCGGUCGGUUGAGAGGGAGUUUCGAGGUGUCUCAAGUGUAACUGAUAAGUCAAAACUGUCCUUCAAAACGAUAGAAAUACAAUUUUAUUAUGAAAUUGUGCGUUCUCACACAUACACUUAAA